CCCAGGCCUUGUUGCAGCUCCGUUUUCAACAUGGCGGCCUCAAAGGCAAGUGAAAUUCCAAAAUUGUUCGCUGUUACGUUGAUUCGGAGCGGAAUAAGACAGCCCUAUUGGGAAAAAAGGACGCUGAAAGCUUUGGGAUUAACAAAGCUUCACAAAACUGUCAUUCAUAAGAAUUCUCCUUCAGUAAACGGCCAGCUAAAUGCGGUGAAACAUUUAAUAUCGAUCAAGCCAAUUGAAGUAGUUUGGAACACAGAUGCAACAAAAGUUGAUGUUGAUAGCCAGAGUUCUUCUGAAAACGACAAGCCAGUAUUUCUAAAAGAAAAUGGAUCGUUCGACAUGGACAAAUACGUACAACAUUGCAAAAACGAGUCGAGGUCGAAGAGCAAAUCGCCGGAUUAUUGAGUUGUUGGAUAGACAUAUAUUUUCAGUGUGAUGACUAAUGAACUGUCCAAGAAAUCGGCCUGCAUCCUACCAGUUGAAACUUGCCUGUCAAAAGCGGAUGAAACGUACAUGUAGAUAACGCAGUACAUGUAGACCAGACUGCAGAGUACGGCAAGUGCACACCCGAGUUUUUUUUUGGCCAAUGGUAUUGCACACUUAAACAUAUUUAAAAUAUUUUCCAGUUUUGUCAGGCAUUAAAAUAAG